GUCGAAGAAGAACAGGAGCGAGGAGAAGGCUGACAUGAUAUUCUCGUCCGAGGGAGACCUCACCGGGACGGGACAGAUGCACUGGGGAACAUAGAUAAUGCUCAGAAAUGGUGCCUUGUCAGACCCAUGUGUUGCCGCUGUGGCAGGAGCACUUCAAUAGCUCGUGGGCAGCAGAAGACAGCAUCCAGACCGCCAGGAGAGAUGGUGCUGCGCUUCUUUACAAUAAGCUCCUUCACAACAAGGAAGUGGUCACCCUGGCUCAGCCUAUUCAGGAGCUUGUGGGCCCACGCCUCCCAGACUUUGAGUACGAGUCCAAUGCAUUAGCGGAGAAGGAAGAGUACCUGUCAUCCCUGCUUCAGAGCCAGCGAUGGCUGGCUCACCGCAUGCUCACGCAGACCUCCUACACCCUGAGCCUCCAACACAGGCUUGUGGUGCUGCAGAGGAUCUACUACGCACUUCACAGCAAAUACCAUGAUAAGUUUCGAGUGCAGCUGCCCUCCCAGUCCACAGACAGCGGGGCUGAAUCUGGGCAAAUCGAGCCGGCCCCAGAGCCCUGCGCGCUGGGCGGGGCAUCCAAAAUUAAAUCAGGUACGGAUGUUCUGAUAGAAAUGGGCGUGAGAACUGGGUUGAGCCUGCUCUUCUCCUUGCUGCAGCAGAACUGGAGGUAUGCAGCCUCCGUGCAUCCGGAGUCCGUUCUUUGCAACGACGUGCUCGCCACGGCGUCCUCCGUGCUGUCGUCGCUACCACCGCUGUCACUCGCUAACGAGAAUAAGAUCCCAUCCGUGGGGCUGGACUGCCUGGCGCAGGUGGCCGACUUCCUGAAGAAGACGUCAGUGAUCAGCGGAAGCGGCGGCGCCGACCCGACCGGCCGCAGGCUGGCGCUGGAGCUGCUGCUCGGCCUGGCCAUGCAGAGGGGAUCUCUGAAGUUUCUGCUGGAGUGGGUGGAGGUUGCCUUGGCUGCUUCGAUGUCCUCCUCCACCUCUAUACUGUCUUCCUCCUCCUCCACCCCUGCAAUGAGCUCUCAGCAGUCCACUGGUGUCGGCUUCGACGUAAUCCAUCAAACUCUUCUUCAAAUGAGGCAAUAUUCGGGUUUUCGUGGGGAUGCUGUAAACACUCAGGUGCUAAAGAAGGAUGCGGAUGGACUGUGUCGGCUCUCCCAGGCAGCUCUCUGCUUAUUUGAGGAGAUCUGCAACCUAGCAUCCUACUGCCUGUGCUCCUGCAGCACAGACACAGCUGCUCCCGGUACAGAGAGCGACACAGUCAUGGUGUAUGUGUGGGGCAGCAACAGCAGCCAUCAGCUGGCAGAAGGGACCCUGGAGAAAAUCUUGCUGCCAAAACUGACGCAGGGCUUCAGCGAUGCCCAGAUGAUCGAAGCGGGCCAGUACUGCACCUUCUCCGUGUCAGCGGAUGGUUCGGUAAAAGCCUGUGGAAAAGGCAGCUAUGGGCGCCUGGGCCUGGGAGACUCCAACAACCAGUCCAUGCCCAAGAAACUCGUGCUGGAGCCGCACAGGAACAUGAAGAAAGUGUCCUCCUCCAAGGGCUCUGAUGGCCACACUUUGGCUAUCACUGUAGAGGGAGAGGUGUUCAGCUGGGGUGAUGGAGAAUAUGGGAAGCUAGGCCAUGGUAACAGUGCAACGCAGAAAUAUCCCAAAAUCAUACAAGGACCUCUGCUGGGCAAAGUUAUUGUUUGCGUGUCUGCGGGCUACAGGCACAGCGCUGCAGUGACCAACGACGGGGAGCUUUAUACGUGGGGAGAAGGAGACUUUGGCAGGCUCGGUCACAGCGACAGCCAGAGCCGGAACGUGCCCACACUGGUGAAGGACAUCAGCGGCGUGGGGCAGGUGGCCUGCGGCAGCUCUCACACCAUCGCCGUGGCGCAGGAUGGACGUACUGUGUGGUCCUUUGGAGGAGGGGACAACGGUAAGCUGGGUCACGGAGAUACCAAUCGCGUGUAUCGGCCCAAGGUCAUCGAGGCCCUGCAUGGAUUCAUCAUCAGGAAAGUGUGUGCUGGCAGCCAGUCCUCUCUGGCCCUCACCUCGUCAGGACAGGUGUUUGCAUGGGGCUGCGGCUCAUGUUUAGGAUGUGGCUCCUCUGAAACAACCUCUCUGAGGCCAAGGUUCAUAGAAGACCUGAGCAUCACCAAAAUCAUUGAUAUCUCAUGUGGAGACAGCCACUGUCUGGCUCUCUCUCAUGAGAAUGAAGUGUACGCGUGGGGGAAUAACACCAUGGGCCAGUGUGGCCAGGGCCACACUUCUACGCCCAUCACCAAACCCAAGAAAGUUCUGGGUUUAGAGGGAGUCUCUAUUCAGCAAAUCACUGCUGGCACUUCUCACAGUUUGGCUUGGACCGCAGUGCCGACUGACAGGCAACUGGUGGCGUGGCACAGGCCUUUUUGUGUCGACUUGGAGGAGAGCACCUUCACCUAUCUACGCAAUUUCCUGGAAACUUACUGUGAUGGCAUCAGUAAUGAUACGCCCCCUGCUCCUUUCUUAUCUAAAAGGGACCACCAUCACUUUCUCUUGCUGUGCAUGAAGCUGCUGUCAAUCCACUUGUCCUUGGCCCACGCUGGGGGAACUGGUGCUAUGGUGCUGGGCGCUCAGGGCCGGCCCCUGAGGAACCUGCUCUUCAGACUAAUAGACACAGACAUGCCAGACUCCAUUCAACAAGCCGUUUUGAAAACGCUGUCAAUCGGGGCAUCGCUGCUGCUGCCUCCACUCAGGGAGAGAACAGAGCUGCUCCUCUGCCUCCUUCCUCAGGGCCCUCAGAGUUUAAAUGUUCUUUCCAAAGGACAGCGCCUGCAGCUCGAUAUGGUUCUCAGCAGCCUCCAGGACCAGAGCCAUGUAGCGUCCCUACUCGGUUACAGCAAUUUUGGGGAGGUGGCGGCCCUCGGGCCUCCUCUGACACCGGCUCUGUCGACCCGGCCACCCUCUUCCUCCAGCUCUGUUGAAGCCAACGAUCCUCUUCGAUUAGCCGAAGUGCUGCUGAGAACUCUGCUGCUGAGCAUAGACUUUUACACGGAGCAACAAUUUGGGGAGUUGGAGAAAAACAGUGACAAGCAGCUCUGUGGUGACAGCCAGGGACAAACUGAUCCUCCGUCCCACGUCCACCAGCUGCUGUCUGGACUUCAGAAGCACCUGUUCGCCCAUUGCUACAUACAUUCCCGCCCAGAGGAUGACAGCAGUGUCACGCUUCUUCGUGAGCAUCUUGACCUGCUGCUCCCCUAUGCCGUUGAAACACUCACAAGGUCAACCGAACUGUUGAAGGAGAGUUCCCCGGACAAACAAAUCAUCAAAAAACUGCACGUGGUGUUGUACAACUCCGUGGCUGGCAGCUUGCUGUGCCAGGUGAUGUACUCCUUGCUGCUGCUGCCCCUGGGUACCAUCCAGCCGCUCCUGAGCCAUCUACUUGACUUGUUGGAGCAUCUCAAUGAUUUCAACAGUUUGCUACCAGAGACAGUCCUGUUGGAAGAACAAGAACUUGGAAUGGAAGCUCAGAAAACAUCUUCAAAUAAAAGUGAUGAAAGCACAAGCGUCGGACAGCAGCAGGAGGAAGAGGGCAGAUGGGUUUGGCUGUUGGACCUGGAACGGUCCGUAGCGUUGGCAGCCGGCCGCUGCCUCAGUGGCAUGCUGCAAGGCCCGGCACCCUCACUCCAGGAAAAAGCAUCAGAGAUCUGGCUAUCAAAUAUCCUCCUCAGGAACGGUCUUGAAAUGGACUCUGAACAGCUGGACUCCAGCCUGGCAUGGCUGUCGGAGUUAGCGCUGCUGGGCAGCACUAACACCAGGCUGACGGAGCUGUGUCUGACCGAAGAAACCAGAAUGUUGCUGGAGCUGGCUCUGGGAGCCUCCAGAGGACUCGCCGGCAGCCUGUGGUGGAAGAUGGAGGAGUACGCUCACAGCAAAGAGUGGGAGAGCGGAGACCCUUCAGGUGAUUUUCUCCUGCAGCUUGUAUGUCGCUGCAGUCUGGCUGCUCUCCUGAAGCACACUGGACUGGAGAGCGAGGCCUGCUGGGAGGACAAAUAUGAGCAGUCUGAGAUGCUGUUUGAUGUUUAUGAAACAGUUUAUAAAAUCAGAAGCACUUUAUUGGCCCUGAAAAACUCCCCGAGGGUGUCGCAGGUGGAAGCAACCACCAAACAGCUCUCUCAGUCUCCCCAAAGUCCUGAUACAGAAAGGCAGGAGCCAGGUACCUCAGUGGAGUCGACGGGAAAGAAUCACGAGCCGCAAUCAGUAGGCCACUGUAGCCGCGAGGUGCAGGUGCCCCCGCCUUCAAAUCACAACCAGGAGGAGGUCCAAGACGAGGAGAGAUUUGGAAACCGUCGUAUGUACCUGUCAGAAGUCCUCGAGUCUUUCAUGGCGGCCCGGGAAGCCAUGCAGGUCCAGCAGAACGUCACUGUGUACGAGUCAUUUGGUACCUCCACCCUCCCCAGCAGCAUGGAGAGCCCAGUCAGCCCAGAGAGGGAGCCGGAUCCCAAGCAACCGUGCGAGAGUCACAGGGAGUCUGAGGAAAGCUUGUCUUUCCCCACCGCCUGUCAUUUGGUGGUGUCCCGGUGUCUCUUCCUCGUGCUCGGGGUCAGGCCCGCAUGGGUGGAGCCCAGCGACCCGGAGACCACACAGGGUGUUAACAGUGCUGCAAGGAAGACAGAAUCCUACACCAGCGCCGUUCAUGGUCGGAAAUCGUGCGAUCAGUCCAAAAAUUCCUCAGUAUCCCCGAAGAACAAAAUGGGCUUGCCUUUGUGCUCUUUGGGGAUCAUGAAAGACGCCUGGGAUCGCCUGCGUCAGUGCAUCAGCCCGACCGCCACCACGCCUCACAGUGGCAGCAACACUCUGCCCAUUCUUAACCAGGUGUUCCAGUUUGUCUGUGGAAACCUGAUUCCCUCACCCUCCUCCUCACCGGCACUCCCAGCCGGACAGACCUGCGCUCAGGCAGAUCCGAAGGCCAUUACGUUUGCCAUAAAGCAGCAGCAACAGCGGGCUGAGAUGCGUCUGGAGGCCUUGUGUGAGAUGUCGUACUUCCUGUUGACGAUGGAGGAGAAGAGCGGUGGAUCUGCGGCGUCUCCUGCUCUGCUGCAGUCUGUGCAGCUUCAGUUUCUCUCCGGAUGCUUUGCUUUGGGAACACAAAUCAUCAGCUCCUCCUCUGGAGCCAAUUAUGAGACUCAGCAUUACAUGUCUGGGACGCAGUCAGCUUCUAUUGGUACACAGAAAGAGCUGCAAUCUGCAGCUCACACCUUCUACCAGCAGGUGGUGCGUGUCCUUAAACAGAGGGUCCAAUUAGAAAGGAAGCAUCCAGGUUCCUGCCAGCACCUUCUCCUCGCUACAAUGUUUGCACUAAAUUUCUGUUACCAACCUGUGGAUCUGGUGCUGAUCGUCAAAUGCGGCAUCCUGGAAAUCCUUUCCAUGCUGACCAACAACAGCUGUGCGCUGCUGAACCAGGGCUGGUUCUCAGUCUCGACAUCUGGCUGCAUGCCUCUCAGUGGGGCUGUCAGACUAGCUUGUGCCCGCCUGCUUCAGAUAUUGACUGUAGCUGCAAGCUCCUGUGAGGAUUUGCUACCGAUGGAUGUUUCCCAUGCUUUAAUGGAAGUGAUGUGUGAGCAGCUCCAGAAUAUCCUCCACAACUUUCAGCAACAACAACUUGCAGAGAGAGGGACGCCUGACAGGAUGGAUAUGGAGUCCAGCAGUAAGACCACCAGCCACAAUGGUGCUGAAAGUAGCAAAGUGGUUGAAUCCCAGCUUGCAGACUUCUUAGUAUUUCUGAGGCGUAUAUUGUCAUUAAGAGUCAUGAAAAGACUUUCUACUUUUGUAAAAUGGAUUGAACCUCUCAUGGCCAUUAUUUCACAUAAGUGCUCUUCAGCCUCUCCGCACUUCCAGAACCUUCGCACGAAGCUUUUGGCCUUCCAUGUUUUAGAAAGACUGUUACCUGCUUGUUCUGAGCCUGUUCAAAUUGAACAGAUUGUUAAACAACUAUUUCAGCUCUUGUCUGUUUAUAUGUGGGAGGAACCACUAGCUGAGAGGAACCACGAAGAGAUGGCUGAGAAAGAAACAGGGAAGCGUGGCAGCUACGAUGAAUGUAUUCCCAUUGGCGAUUUUUCCUUCGACCCGCACAAGUUGGUCUGCUGUUCGUUGGAAAAUGGGAACAUCCUCUCUCAUGGUUCAGGAGGGAAAGGUUAUGGGUUGGCGACCACUGCUAUAACCUCUGGCUGUUUCAUAUGGAAGUUCUACAUUACCAAAGAGAACAGAGGCAAUGAAGGAACGUGCGUCGGCGUUUCACGUUGGCCGGUCAGAGAUCACAACCACCACACCACCACUGACAUGUGGCUGUACCGCGCCUACAGUGGAAACCUGUACCAUGGAGGAGAGCUGGUCCGCACGCUUCCCUCCUUCACACAGGGCGACACCAUCACCUGCAUCCUGGACAUGGAGGCUCACACUGUAUCGUUUGCUAAGAAUGACAAGGACCCAAAGCUGGCAUUUGAAGGUGUGAUCGCCUCUGAACUGUACCCUUGUGUCUUGUUUUAUAGCAGCAAUCCUGGAGAGAAGGUGGCAUUGCGUGAUCUUCAGAUGAGAGGCAUGCCCAGUAAUCUUCUUGCCGGGGAGCCACUCUGCAGCCCUCGGACCACCGUGCUGCUGGAGUCAACGGUUCAGCUCCUGCGCAGGCUUCAUCAGUGUGACCAGUGGUCCCCACACAUCAACCAGCACAUUCACACCCACCUGGAUCUGAUCGGCCCCCUGCUGAGAGAGGACGACUCAGGAAACUUCAGUCCAGGCCUCCACACUGAAAGAGAAGAGAGUGAAAGCGACAGAGACCUGUCUGUCGAUGAUACACGAGAGCUGCUGGCUCAUCGGCGUUCCGUAUCAGAGGCCAAGCUCGCCGCUCUUUGCACUCAAGUGUGGCCGGUGUUGGCCGUGAUCGGAGGAGUGGACAGCGGCAUCCGUGCCGGAGGUCUGUGCCGACACAAGCCCAGUGGGCGCAGGGCGAUUGUGCUCGGGGUCCUGAAAGAAGGAAAUUCUCUGGCCAAGCUUCAGUGGGAGGAGGCCGAACUCUCCAUCAGCUCCAUGAAUUCUUGGUCACCCAGCGAUGCGCCGAUCACCUCAUUGGAGCCCUGUGAUAUAUCCUGCUGCGAUAUCACCCGCCUCGGAGGCCUCAAGCCCACGGUGUUGUUAGAUCUGAUUUAUUUGAUGGGGCUGCUGGAGGAGCAGGGGUGGCUGGCGGCCCAUCCGGCCCCAAGAAGGAAUUACUCUGAGGAAAGCGCGAGAGAGAGUGAAACACAGAGCUUCUUGGAUGAGGGAAUAUCAGAGGAUGGAAGGUGGCUCACAGAAGAGGAGAGGAAGAACUCAAAGGAGCAGAAGGUUGAGACGGACCCGUUCCCGACACCAUCCCCGACCAAAGACGCCACAAGGGUUACCGAUCCUCCCCACUCCUCCAAAGUCGAUGCCUUCGCGCUCGAACUGAGAGCCGUUAGAGUCUCAUACCUUCUCAUCGGAGGUUUGAAAUCCCUGACUGUCAUUUUUAGCUGCGAGAAGCUGUCGGAUUUGCUACUCGUGCCUCGAGGGGACCCACCCAACUCGGCGAGUCCCGUUUGUAGCCCCAACCCCGACCAGGCCAAACCGAGCGGCAGACAAUGGGACGAGAGCGCCGAGCUGAGAUCGGUGCUGCAGUACGUGGUGCAGAGCAUGGUGAAGUGGGCCGUCAGACCCUGCCCCAUCAAGCAGACCGUGUCGCUCGCCGACUUGGAGAGAGCUCAAGUCAUGAUAUACAAAGGAGCCAUUAACAAGCUGCAGGACAAAGAACGGAAAGAGUCUGGUCACCACUCGUCCUCUCAGCCGAUCUCCAAGUCCUCCAGUUCCGUUUCUUUGUACAGCGCGGGGUCGGAAGGCACUGCCAUUUUUGGGCAGUCAAACAGAGCCUCUGCCUCGUCUUCCAACACCGACUUGGCAUCUUCUCUGCCAGCAAACCUGCAGGCAGAUGCGCUCGAUAAUUUCAAUCCUUUUCUUCCCAUCAGCCUCCUCCAGCACAUGGUGCUAACUCGGUUCCCGACACUCACGGGCCUGGUUAGCACGACCCCUGUGCUACACCCCUGCUUCAGCCUGGCCAGCUCUGCUUCCUGUGACGCCUUCACAGAACAGCAGACUAGCUUCAUGGAACCUGGUCCUUGCAGCACACAGGCCAGAAGCAGUCUGGAACGGACACAAAUGUUUGUCACCAGUCGGUUGCUAGAAAUGGGAUUCACUAUGAGACAUAUCUUCUGGGCCAUGGAGGCAGCAGAUGUAUCAGGUGACUUGGACUCCCAGACCAUCGAGGUGUUGGCCAGCUGGAUGUUGGAGCACCCCCUGACUGAGGAGCAGCAGGCAGCUGAGACACCAAGGCCAGAGGGCGCUCCCGAGACCCCGUCCCCAGAUGGGCCCGAGACAGUGCAGUGUCCCGAGCGCCCCAGCAGCCAAGCCAACGAAAGCCUGCUGCCAGGGCUUGACUGGAUAGAGAGGGAGAACUUCUUGGAUGUCCAUCUCACGAGAAACAGGCCUCCUCCAGCACGGCGCCGUCGCUCAGGCCCCACUCAGAGGACGUCUUUCCGAAGAGCUGACUUGCCGUCACCCAACCCCCUUCCACAGCUCUACCAGCAGCACGCCACAGUUACUGACUGGCCAGAACAGGUAGAAUUUCACCCUUAUUCUGCCGAGGAAGAGUCUGAGUUGGGCUACAUGGACGACCCGUACCAUGAAGAAACCUACGAGGACCUGCUCACCCCGUCGUUCUUCAGCUUGGAGAGAGACACGCUCCAGAUAGUGGAGGUUGGUGAAGAACACAGUCAGAUGGUGAAGUGUGAGCUGUGCGACACCCUCACACUGCAGUUCAACAAUCACAUAAAGCGGCGACACCCGGGCUGCGGGCAGAGUGCUGCGCGUAAGGGCUACGACAGCACGGGGGCCUACGUGGACGUGUGGUUCAAAGGAGAGUGUGGCUCCAACUUCCCCUUCUACCUUCUCUGCCACUCGUGCAGAGAGAAAUAUCUGGCCGCAAAUAUGAACGACCCGAAUUCCAAAUAUGAAAGAAUUAAAGGUCUGACAUCUGAUUUGAUUGGCCAAAUGGACAGCACUUCUGAUGAUGACUGGGAAAUGAGCCAUCAAGAUGAGUUUGAAACAGACAAAUUGACGGGACUGGAGGACUUCGGGCUCCUGCUGAGGCCGCUGGGGCUGACAGAAAAGAAGCUGGUCCCAGACCCCAUCACCUUCAUGGAGCCGGAUCCACUCGGAGCCCUGGUUUACACCUCUGUAAAAGGAGCUCCAAAAGGCAAUGCCCUUGUUGAGCAGAGGACCACUCUCAGCCUUGGACGGCAAGCAGUAUCUCUGAGAGACUCUCACGAUAGGCUCAAAGCUUUAAGAAGAGUCACAUCCACUGCUCAGAUCCUGCUGGCCUACAGCAUGGUGAUGAGAGCCUUGUCUCAGACCGCCUCGAGCGCGUCGCUGUGCAGCCAGUCUAACGGGCUGGAGUCCCUGGGCCUGGCAGACAUACGCAUCCUGGUGCGUUUGAUGACGUUAGCAGCCGCGGGCAGAGCUCACACCUGUGUGAACAGCCAGUCAGGUGUGCAGGGACUGACAACAGAGCGCCACAGUCCCAGCUGCCUCAGCUUUCUUACCUCAGCAAUAGGCAGCGUGGUGUCCCACAGCCCCACUGCUUUCAGACAGCUGGUGGAGAUUUGCACUCAGGACCUCAUGGCAGCAGCGACGGGGGUGAACAUCGGGGCCAUCAGCGACCCCCAGCAGAGAGGGUGUCUCAGCACGGCUCUAACAGUCGCGACGCAGGGAGCGCAGCAUCUGCAGAGGGACUACGUUGACCAGACGCCCCCCACGUUCCUGGUCACACAGAGCCUGGUGUCCCUGCUCACCGAAAAGAGCGUCCAAUCCUACAGCGCGGAUAGAACUGAACAUGACCCUAACGAUUUAGGAAACCAAGGGGUGUCUUCUUCGUCCCUGCCUCCUUCACCUUUACCCCAUCUGAGUGCUCGAGUGGGCCCCCUGGAGCUCGCUAAUGCCUUGGCGGCGUGCGUCCUGUCUGCCAGGUUGACCAGUAAACACCGCCAGUGGGCAGCGCAGCAGCUGGUGCAGGCGCUGGCGGUCUCGGGACGGGACAGUCCUAAUCGGCCCCAGACAUACUGCGACUUGGCUGGUGACCUGCGCAAAUGUCCUCUCAAGAGGCUGGAAGGGCAUUACAACAAGGUGGCAAGCUGCCACUGGAGCAGUGACCAGAGUUUGCUGGCCACAUGCUCCCAGGACAAGGUGGUGCAGCUGUGGAGCAUCAGCCAGAACACCGUGGAGCUGCAGGCCACCUUCUCCUGUAUCACCAGUAAGACGGACAGAUCAAGCAGUGAGAGGACUGGCAGAUGCCAUCACAUGUCUCCUGUGUACUGGAGUACAGGGGGAAACUUUUUGGCUGCUCCUGAGAACAAACACAUAAACAUCAUGAACAUCAGAGGGUCUCUCUGCCACGUGGAGGGCCAGAGUUCCCGGGUCACGGCUCUCUGCUGGGCUCAAACCUUCAGCUUGUGGGUGCUGGAUCAGCUGGCUGCCUCCAAGAACAGACCCACUGAGAGCCUGUUGGUGGGACGUCUGGAUGGCUCCCUCUGCUGGCUGCAGAUCACCAUGCAGGAGUUAGAUCUGCUUGUAAAGAGCACUGAACUCACCCACUGUUAUAGGAAAGAGGCCCCCCAGUGUGUCGCGUGGCACAGUGAGGACAAACCUUUUGCGGUGGGCUAUCCCAGUGGGAAGGUCCUUCUGGCCGCAACUGAGACUUAUGAGAAUGAGCAACCUGUGAUGCUUCAACUUUUCCAGGACAAUGUCAGUUCCCUAAAGUGGGACCCCACAGGACACUUGCUGCUCUGUUUAGGGAGAUCAGAGGCCGUGAGGAUACUGGGGCGCUCUGGGGGGACCUGGACGGUCCUCCACUCUCUUCUCCAUCCUGGCACCGUCAACAUCGCCGAAUGGUGCCCGCUUGCAGGACGAGCACCCGACCCCCGACUCAUGCUGGCUGUGGGCUGUCAGAAUGGCUCUGUGCAUGUCUGGACAUUGCCACAGGGGGGUACCAUUGUUUCUUUGCCCAACAUUUCAAACAGCUCCCGUGGUCAGGAUAAAGGCUCAGAGGUCAAGGAUAGUGCAAAGUGUGCGUUUGUACUUCACGGCCACAAUACAGCAGUCAAAUCUCUUUCAUUUUGCUCCAGCGGGCUGGCACUAGUUUCUGGAGGAAUCGGAGGACUGCUCAACAUCUGGUCCCUGCAGGACGGGUCAGUGUUGCAGACUGUUACAGGUUUGGGCUCCGUUGUCAGCACAACCUGGAUCCCAACUCUUGGUGUAGCUGCCUGCUUUGGGAGGUCAAAGGAUGUUUUGCUGAUCUGCUGCACUCCUGACUGGAUCAGCCAGAAUCAUGUCCUGGCUUCCUGCCGGAUGGUCCUCAGGAGCCAGAACAUCUUGGGUCUAAAUCGAGCACCUUGUUUGGCUGUCUUCCUGGAGAGGCUGCCAUUACUGUUGCAGGAGCAGUUCAGCUAUGAGCGGACUCACGUGGCAGCAGGUGACCAGCUGGUCCACAGUGCCUUCCUGCAGAGCCUGGCCUCCUUGACGGUGGGACUGUCCUUAGAGAAGCACCUCUGCUCGUAUCCCCGGCCGCCACACCAUUCCUGCCCUGACGCUCACGCCUGCCCGCCGGAGUGGGGCUGGCUUGUCACUUACGCCACCACUGUGCGCAGCGCCGAGGCCAUCGCCAGCGGUACCGCCUUCCCAGAAUCCUUCACUGCAUCGGAGUUUCAAGAGGUGGAACCCACUGAAAUCGCCAAGGCACUGGAUAACAGUAAGUGGAGCUUCAGGAUGGAUGAGCAGCUCAUGUCGUGGGCGACCAGCAGACCAGAGGACUGGCAACAGGGAGGGAAGAGCGAGGUGUACAUGUGGGGGAACGGACGCUACGGGCAGCUCGCAGGAAUGGGAACAAACCUGAUGAUGCCCACCGUGGCACCCUCUCUGUUACAGACACAACAGGUUGUGUGCGGUCAGAACUGCACCUUCCUGCUCCAGUCCAAUGGGACCGUCCUCGCCGUAGGAGAAGGACAGUACGGCAGACUGGGCCAGGGGAAUUCUGAUGAUCUUUACGUCCCCACCAUUAUCUCAGCUUUUCAAGGGUAUGUGGUGACACAGCUGGUCACAUCCUGCGGGUCAGACGGACACUCGAUGGCCCUGACUGAGACUGGGGAGGUGUUCAGCUGGGGAGAUGGCGAUUUUGGAAAACUGGGCCACGGAAACAGCGAAAGGCAGAGGAGACCGAAACAGAUAGAGGCCUUACAAGGAGAGGAAGUCAUUCAGCUUGCCUGUGGCUUCCGGCAUUCAGCUGUGGUUACUGCAGAUGGGAAGUUAUUCACCUUUGGCAGUGGCGAAUCGGGCCGACUGGGUCAAAGGUCAACGUCCAACAAGAUGCUGCCUGAAAGGGUCGCCGCACUAGAGGGAUAUCACGUUCGACAAGUGUCCUGCGGUCUGAACCACACCUUGGUGCUGUCCCUGGACGGCAUGGUCGUCUGGGCAUUCGGAGAUGGAGAUUACGGAAAAUUGGGAAUUGGUUCCUCCACUGCAAAAUAUUACCCUCAGAAAGUGGAGCAGCUGUGUAACAAGGGGAUAAAGAAGGUCUGUUGUGGAACUCAGUUCUCUGUGGCCUUGGCUUCAGACGGACAUGUUUACACGUUUGGACAAGAGCGUCUGAUCGGCCUGCCGGACUCCAUGCUGAAGAACAGAUCCUGCCCUCAGAUGGUGCCGUCCCUGGACGGCCUGUUCAUAGAGGACGUCGCCGUGGGCUGUGAACAUGUGCUUGCCUUGUCGAUCACUGGAGACGUCUACGCCUGGGGCUGCAACAGCGAAGGACAGCUCGGCCUCGGACACGCCAACCCAGUGAAGGAGCCCACGCUCAUCACCUCCCUUCAGGGCAAAAACAUCAGACAGAUCUCUGCUGGCCGCUGUCACAGUUCAGCAUGGACCACCCCAUCUACCUCGAUGAAAAACUCAGGUGGCUCUGGAAACUUCCAGAUAGGCCUUCCCCAGUCAGUCCCUCCCCAGUACAACACUCUGAAAGACUGCAGCCCCGAUGUCCUCAGCAUGCGCCUCAGGGUCCUCUACCACUUCUCUGAUCUCAUGUAUAAAUCCUGGAGGCUGCUCAAUCUGGACACCAGGAAUGUGGUGUCUACCUCACGCUAUAGUUCAGGGACCACAGCCAUCAUCCGGGGCGAGCUCAGAGGCCUCCUGUCACCCAAGGUCAACACGCUGCCUCUUGCGCGCACCAUCGUCAGAACAAUGACCCAAGGCAAAACAUAUGGGCCGCAGAUCACUGUGAAGCGGAUUUCCACGCGAGGACGGUCCAGCAAGCCCAUCUUUGUGCAGAUCGCGAAGCAGGUGGUCAGCCUGAAUCCUCUGGAGCUGCGGCUGCCGUCCCGAGCCUGGAAGGUCAAGCUGGUCGGGGAGGGAGCAGACGACGCCGGAGGAGUGUUUGAUGAUACCAUCACUGAGAUGUGUCAGGAGCUGCAGUCUGGUGUGGUGGAUCUUCUGAUUCACACUCCCAACAGCUUCGCAGACGUGGGCUGCAACACUGACAGGUUCCUGCUGAAUCCGGCGGCCCGCUCAGAGGAUCACAUGGUCCAGUUUCGGUUCUUGGGUAUUCUCAUGGCAGUGGCCAUACGCACCAAGAAACCUCUGGACCUGCAUCUGGCCCCCUGGGUGUGGAAGCAGCUGUGCUUAAUGCCUCUGGCGGGGUCUGACCUGGAGGAGGUCGACCUGCUCACAUAUCGUACACUACAAGGCAUCCUCCACCUGGAAAACAGUGGAAUCACAGAGGAAAACUUCCAUGUGAUGAUCCCGCUGGAUUCGUUCACAGCCCACAGUGCCGACGGCAGGCUGGUCCCUGUGAUUCCCGGAGGUCAAAAUAUCUCCUUAACCUUCACCAACCGGACUGAAUACGUGGAGCGAGCUCUGGACUACCGGCUGCAUGAGAUGGAUUCUCAGGUGGCAGCAGUCAGAGAGGGCAUGUCCACCAUCAUCCCCGUGCCCCUCCUCUCCCUGCUGACGGCGCAGCAGCUGGAGCAGCUGGUGUGCGGCCUGCCGGAGGUCUCGGUCGAGAUGCUGAAGAAGCUGGUGCGCUACCGUGACAUCACCGAGAGCCACCAGCUCAUUGGCUGGUUCUGGCAGAGUCUGGAGGAGUUCACCAACGAGGAGCGGGUGCUCUUCCUGCGCUUCGUCUCCGGCAGGUCCAGGCUGCCCUCCAACCCGGCCGACAUCACGCAGAAGUUCCAGAUCAUCAAGGUGGACAGGCCCAUCAACGGUCUCCCCACUGCUCAGACCUGCUUCUUCCUGCUCCGUCUGCCCCCGUACACGGGCCAGGCCGUCCUGGCCGAGCGUCUGCGCUACUCCAUCCACAACUGUCCCUCCAUCGACAUGGACAACUACAUGCUGACCCACAACACCGACCCGGCGGACAGCUCGGACACGGAGGACUGAAAGCAGAGAGCCGCAGACCACAGGGUGAUGAAUGUAUCUUCUUCGAUGCCAUGCACAUUUAUGCACUGAACACAGAUUUUUAUCCGCCAAAACCUGUAAGGUGAAAGCGUCCUGUUUGUAUGUCGGUUAAUUUAAAGAUGCGUGUUUUGAUUUUUCCAACUGUGCAAGGUGGUGUAAUUAUGGCAGUGCUUUCUCUGAAUCAAAGCUACUACAGGGAAGAGGAAAAGAUUUUUCAGAGCAUCGGUGAAUAAGCCACACUAAAGGAGUUCUCGUGCCUGUGUAUUUGAAAAUAUGUAAUAAUUUAAUGAUCUAUCCCACAUACUGUAGGCAGUAUUGUUGUAAAAUAAAGAGUGUUUAAAUAAGGAA